GGAUUUGUGGGGUUCAGUGCUCGAUGUCUCCAAGCAUCAAGUUGACCUGCAAACAGCCGUACCGCUUGCUGGCAAGUUCAAGGAUGCCUUGGGCAAGUUCAUCUCCUUCUUGCAGAAGCACUUGCAGGGGCAGGGUCUUGACAUUGCCAAAGGCCAAAGCUUGAUGGAGAAGUGCAAGUCAGGCCAGUCUGUUUUGCUCGCUUUGGGAAGCUCUAGCGAACUGGAUCAUGUGAACCUCAAGACAGAGCUUGAAGGCUUGAUUGCUGAACUCCGGACAUUCGUGAAGGAGAACAAUUGGUGCUCGGACGAAGCCGCAAACAUCUUUGGGGGUCUGUUCAAGGAAGGUAUACGCUUGUCUUUGUCUGAUGACAAGGUGGAGUUGUUGAAGCGCGACAUCCUUGGAGGACAAAUCAAGGCCACGCUGCUUGGAGAUGAAAGGGCAGCCGCCACAUUUGCGAUGGCCCACUUGCUUGAGCUGCUGCUUGGGUGGUCAAAUGAGGAUGAAGUCCCAAGCCUUGACAAGAUCAGUUCGUUCUAUGUGGACUUUCAGCGCCAGAUUUCUUCUGAGACCGUGCAGUCUUUGAAGCCAGGUUGGCUCCCUCAUGCUGCAGCCGCCUUGUCAUGCUUUGAAGGCCAUUUCAGCAAGACUGGAGAGGCUUGGAGCAAGAGUACCUGGAAGUCAUCCGGUCCUGAUGAGAUCGCAACCAUGCUUGAGAGCUGCAAGCAUUUGCCGAGCAACCUCCAGUCCGUGCUUCAGCUGGCCAAGUCUGCUUCCAUCUUUGACAAGUUGGAGCCGUUUGCACAGAAGGAGUUUGAGGACUUUGACAAGGAGCUUGCUCCUUUCCUGAAGGUUGUGAAGAAGUGGAUCACACUUUGUUCCUUUGACAAGGAUUGCCUGCAAGAGUAUCUCUUGGAGGAAACCCUCCAGCGAGCUGAUGAUUUUGUCGAUUCGGUUGAGGGUGCUUUGACCACUUUCUUCAAGCAAACGGAAGCCGAGUACAAGGUCGUUCUCCCGCUGGUUGAGAAGUACAAGUAG